UGUUAAUCUGUUCUGAAAUACGACAGCAGUAAUUCCAAAUGUCUGUUAGCAUCAAUUCUUGGACAAAUAUACAAGAAUUUCGUCGGAAAAUAGAUUGACCUGGAAAAUACUCCCUCCGUCCGAAAAUACUUGUCAUCAAAAUGACUAAAAAGGAAUGUAUCUAAAACUAAAAUACGUCUAGAUACAUCUCUUUUUAUCCAUUUUGAUGACAAGUAUUUCCGGACGGAGGGAGUAGAUUGACCUGCUGCUAUACAAGAAUCGUCCUUGUUUUUUUGGUUCCUCCUCAACGUAGGGGCCGGGCAACCCCCAAAACUGGGGCGUACCUGAUAUCACAUAUGCCACUGAGGGUCAGAUAAUGCAAGGACCAUGCUGUGUUAAUGAGGUCCAAGCUAGCUGAUAUAACAUGACUGCAGAAAAGCGUAUACCGUUACAUGAAUUACGUGAGAUUACAAAUGGAUUCUCAGUGGACUCAAGAAUAGGACAGGGUGGGUAUGGAGAUGUUUACAAGGGACUGUACAAAGGAAGAGAUGUUGCUGUGAAGUUGCUUCAUGUUGAUACGAUACAAGGAAUCGAUGAUCAACAAUAUCUCAAUGAAGUUGGUAACCUUUUGAGGGUUAAGCAUCCAAAUAUCGUGCAGUUACUUGGUUAUAGUUAUGAAACAACUUCUGAAUUGGUUGAACACAAGGGUAAGCAAGGUCUUAGUAAACACAUAUAUAGAGUCCUCUGCUUCGAGUACUUGCAGGGUGAAAGCCUAGACAAGCGUCUUCCUGAAGAAUCUUCUGCACCUGAUUGGAGCAUACGUUACAUGAUUAUAAAGGGCAUUUGUGAAGGAUUAAAUUUCCUUCACAGGUGUGAACCACCAAUUUUUCAUCUUGAUCUAAAGCCUGCCAAUAUAUUACUAGACAGUUCCAUGAUGCCUAAAGUGGCAGAUUUUGGAUUGUCAAGGGUCAUCAGUCAAUCACACACUCAAGUCACAAAACAAAUCAAAGGAACCCAGGCGUACAUGCCACCAGAAUUCAUAAAAGAUGGCUAUAUCUCACGUAAGAAUGAUGUCUUCAGUUUAGGACUUGUGAUGAUAGAGAUAAUGACAGGGUCUUUGGGUUACUCCGGUCAUAUAGAAAUGGACGAAGUCGUGCAAUUUACGCAGAAGGUACUUAGCAAUUGGAAGAAUAGGAUAAAGGCCACUUCAGAGUACCCAUUAGAGGAAUCACAUCAAGUGCAGACAUGCAUCGACACAGCAAUGCGUUGUAUGGAACUUGACAGAAACAAUCGACCAACUAUAGCAGAAGUACUGGAUACUCUGAACAAGACAGAAACUCAUAUUCCCAAGAGACAGAUGAUAGAUGUGCUCCCGUGUCCAACUAUUGGGCUCAGGAGCGAGUCUAAUAUGUUGGAGAUGAUGGUUGCUGAACUGAACAAUAAUGAUAACGGACAUAGCAAUUCGAUGCCAACAGAUAGCUCUAACCGUGCUGUGCAGCAAGUUCCUGACAGGGAAACAUCAUCAGAUGUGGAAGAAGUAAUCAUCGGAAGGACUGAGGAAAAACAGAAAAUAUUGUCUAUUUUAUCCGAGCACAUCACAGAAAAAAUGGUCAUCCUUCCAAUAUAUGGCAUUGGAGGCAUUGGCAAGACAACCUUGGCACAAAUGGUAUUCAAUGACCAACAGUUUGAAGACUACACUCGGGUGUGGGUAUAUGUUUCCCCGGAAUUUAACUUGCAUAAGAUAGGCAACUCUAUAAUAAUGCAGUUAACAGACAAGAUCAGCAAUAUAUCUACCAAACAGAUGCUUCAUAACCGCCUUAAAGAGCUGUUUGCUGGUAAGAGGAUCCUUAUUGUUUUGGAUGAUCUGUGGGAGGAGAACCCAAAAGAGUUCGAUAAACUAAAGGUUAUGCUAGGGCUUGGCGUGGGAAGUAAGGUGAUUAUAGUAACUACACGUGAUGGAGGCCUCGCAAGGAAAUUUUGUAGUCCUGCAGUUGCACCAUACAAGCUGGAGACUUUGACGGUUGAUGAGUGCUGGACUAUAAUUAAACAUAAAGCUGACUUUGAAAACCGAGUGGAUCAAGAACAAUUGGAGCAUAUAGGAAGGGAGAUUGCAGCCAAAUGUGGAGGAGUGGCCUUAGCGGCUCAAUCACUUGGAUACAUGUUGAACGGCAUGACUUCAGAUGAAUGGGAGUCGGUGAGAGAUAGUUAUAUCUGGAAUCUAUCGAGUUUGGAGGGCCAUGAAGUGCUUGCGUCCUUACGGCUAAGCUAUAGCCACAUGUCUGCUUGGUUGAGGUUGUGCUUUUCCUAUUGUGCAAUAUUUCCAAAAGGUCACAAAAUAGUGAAGUAUGAUCUAAUUCACCAAUGGAUUGCUCUUGGAUUCAUCAAGCAAUCUAGUAUAUUUGAUUCCAUGCAGCUCUGUGAGAAUUAUGUCACACAACUUUUGGGGAUGUCCUUCCUUCAAUAUUCAAAGACACUUUCGAGUGACACAAAACGAAACGAAGAUGUCAUAUUGUUCACGAUGCAUGACCUAGUAUAUGAUCUCGCAAAAGAGAUCUUGUCGCAUCAAAUUAGCGUUGGGGGGAAUAAUUGCCGCUACACAUUGCUCUCAGACUGUAGAGAGUCAUUGCAGUAUUUCGUGGCUUUUCCUGCAAAUAUAAGGGCGCUGCAUUUUCAGGACUGCGGCAAUAAACAACUCCGUGGCAGUGCAUUUUCGCCAGCUAAGUGCCUCCGUGUCUUGGAUUUAAGUGAAUGUUUUAUUCAGAAGUUACCUGAUUGUAUUGGCCAACUGAAGCAGCUGAGAUUUCUUCAUGCUCCACGGAUACAAGAUAAGAUGAUUCCCAAUUGUAUCACCGAGCUCUCAGAAUUAAAUUAUCUCAACCUUAGAGGCUCUGAGAAAAUCACAGCACUGCCGGAGUCAAUUGGUGAUAUGAAAGGUCUGAUGCAUCUUGAUUUAUCAGAUUGCAAUGGUAUACUUGAACUCCCAAUAUCAUUCGCGGAGCUGAUGCAGUUGGUGCAUUUGGAUUUAUCACGUUGCAGAGUAUCUAUAUCAAAAGCUUUUGGUGGCUUUACCAAACUUCAGUACUUGGAUUUAACAGUUCAUUAUAAGAUAGUCACAGAUAGGAGAGGGCUAGCAGAGGUCAUCGGUAAUCUAAUCAAACUCAAGUAUCUAAAUCUAUCAAGUUGCAUUCGGAUUAUGGCCCCUUCAGAAUAUCAGAUUGGCAGCUUGCUUGACAAAAUCAGCACCCUUUCCAAUCUAGAGCAUCUGGUCUUGUCUGAGAAUGAAGAGCUUUCAAGUAUACCAGAAAGUAUUAGCAACCUCAGGAAGCUUCAUACACUGGACCUCUCAAGCUGCCACCUAAAGAAGCUCCCCGAUAGUAUAAAUCAGAUGGUUAGUCUGAAGGUUCUAAAUUUGAAAGGUGUUAACUGGUAUGAAUUGUCUCUCUCUCGGUUUAACUGUGCCUCUUUGCCAUACUUUGAGGUGCAUGCUUCAGGUGAUAAAUGUGGCAGCAAUAUCGUUCUGCUUGAGCCUACAAAUCCUGAUGUGUUGAUGAUAGAUAGACUUGAAAAUGUGAAGUCUGCAGGAGAGGCACACAGUAUAAAACUAAUAGAGAAACAAAAAAUUAUAAAUCUAAAAUUUGAAUGGACUGUAGAUGAUGCGAGGUCUGUGGAUGACAAGGAGGUGUUGGAAAAACUAGUGCCGCCAAGCAGUGUACAUACAUUGGAUAUAACUGGUUACAGCAGUGUCUGCAUUCCAGAUUGGCUUAUGGGUAUCGGGCAAUAUCUCCCUAAUGUUUCUUACUUAUAUUUGUGUGAUUUUCAGAAGUGCAACAAGCUACCACCACUUGGUCUACUACCAAACUUACGAGACCUGAGUCUCACCCGUAUGGAGGGCUUGGAAGAAUGGAACACGACACAUUACAGUGGCAAGGAAGGUUCAAAUGAGCUCUUGUUCCCUAAGCUUGAGGAGUUGAGGAUAGAGCAAUGUGGCAAGCUGAGGAUAAAACCGUGUCUGCCUGGGGAGAGCGCCAAGUAUUUGUGCAUACGAGGUUGUGAUACUAUGCUAUCAUCAUGGGGAGAGCGCUCGUCACACUGCAGUACUUCCUCCUCUUCUCCGUUAACUGAGCUGGAAGUUGCUGAAAGCAAGGUGCCCAUGCAUCAGUGGAGGUUGCUUCACCACCUCCCUGCCCUUCGUAAAUUAACUAUCACUGAUUGCAGUGAUCUGACCACCUCACCUGAGAUCAUCCACAGCCUCUCUUCCCUUAGAGCGUUGUGCUUUGUAUUAUUGUCGCAGGCAGGACUGCCGAGAGGGUUGGUUGAACUGACAUCUCUGCAGGAACUAACUCUGUAUCGGUGUGCAACCAUAUCAGUACCAGAGUGGUUAGGGGAAUUAACCUCUCUCAAGCGUUUUGUGAUAGGGCGCUGCCAGGGGAUGAGGUCUUUGCCUGACAGCAUACAAGCGACGAAGCUUGAAUAUUUACAAAUUGACGACGAAUGCCCUACAUUGGUGAAGUGGUGUAAAUCAGAGAAUAACAAGAUGAAGCUCGCUCACAUAAAAAAAGUGAACUUCCUAUUCGACUCAGAUGAAGAAGACGAGUCAAAUGAAGAAGACAUAGCAGAUGACUCAGAUGAAGAAGAGAUAGCGGAGACCGUUGAGGAGACAACCACAAUUGAUGUGGCCAACGCAAGAGGUGCCGUCCACAAUUCAGUAGCUGUCAUUCAUGGCACUGUGACUGAUGAGGUGCGCCAACGGUUCAGGAUGUGCUGUUGUACAGUGCUGUGAUGAACAUGCCUGGCUUCUUGUCUCAUGGACAAGAAUGGCUCUGCAUAUUGUCUAAUCCUGUAGUCUCAGGUGGUGAUCAUGUCAUAGUGAUACUUCUAAUCUAUGAUUUGUUUCUUGUCUACUCACGUGUUGACUCGUAGCCGUUUGCCAUUUCCCUAAUUAAUGUUUGUUCUGGUGCGUGGAUUAUUAAUAUGAUGCUCUGUUUGUGAAAA